ACGUUCCCUCCCACGAUCCGACGGGAUUCAGAAACCCCAUGGCGGCCUUCAGUCUACUAAACACCCUAUAUAUGCUUGGUCGACAACCCGAAGCCGUCCACUGGUCAUUGCUCAACUUGUCUCCGUUCAAUCUCGAGUGAGCAAUCCCUCCGGAUCUCUUGGAUGGCGAGGAAACAUCUCCAACGAGUCAGCUAUGAGCUGCCUAUGCCCGAUGGCCCGGGUGGACAUCGCUUAGGUGUGAAUGGUCUGGCCAUUGACGCUGGUCGUUCCAUCUUAUACUCAGCUGGUCGCGAUGGCGUUAUAUGUAGUUGGGAUUUACAUCUCGAUCCCCGCUCUCGAGAUCCUUCACCGAGCCGUUCUUUGUCGUCUUCGCUGGGCGAAGGUUCGCAAAGGCCGGGGUCAAGGUCCAGCACUAGUUCCGCGCAACAAACCACCUUUCGCCGACAAGUCCAAGCCCACACCCACUGGAUAAACGAUAUUACCCUUGCUCAAAGCAAUACCGUGCUUGUAUCCGGCUCAUCAGAUACCACCGUUAGGGUCUGGCGACAGGAUUCCGAGGAUUCAAACAUACCGUCAUCCAUUGGCAGACACAGGGACUAUGUCAAGUGUUUGGCAUCUCCUCGACAUCACGCCGACUGGGUCGCAUCCGGUGGGUUGGAUCAUAAAAUCUACGUUUGGGAUUUGAACGGCGGGUGGGAAAAACUCAAGAUCGAUGUCUCGGAGGAUGGUAAGGCGCAAAAGGGUUCGGUAUACGCUCUGGGUGCCAAAGGGUCUAUUCUAGUUAGUGGAGGGCCCGAUGGUGUCGUCCGCGUAUGGGAUUCCAAUUCUGGGAAACUUGCAAACAACUUUAUGGGCCACACAGACAACGUUCGUGGUAUCCUAAUCAACGAUGACGCAAACACUAUCAUUACAGCGUCCUCGGAUCAAACUGUCAAAGUGUGGUCGAUAACCGCCGGCCGAUGUAUGCAUACUCUUACUAUGCACAACGAGAGCGUCUGGUCGUUAUAUUCGGACCACCCUCAACUAUCCGUAUUCUACUCGAGUGACAGAGCCGGUGUAGUGGCGAAGACAGACACAAGAAACGCCGCCGAUAUGGAUCAAGGAAUCUGUGUCGCUGCUUUGCAAGAAAAUGAAGGAGUGUUUAAAGUCGUUGCUGCCAACGAUCAUAUCUGGACAGCUACACCCAAAUGCAGUAUUAAUCGCUGGAGCGAUGUUGACACCACAGAUAUCGAUUUCAUCCCAUCACAACAGUUAUAUCAUCAUACAUCUAAUGUGGCUACGCAACGCGAAUCUACCAAGACCGCCAAAAUAAAAAUUUCGCGAUCCUCGAUUUUAGCCCUGUCUGAUACCUCUCAAACUCCGCAGUCGGAAGAAGCAUGCAUUCCCGCUCAAACUCAGCCAAAAGAGACCCUUGAAGGCAAGAAUGGGCUGGUGAAGCAUAUGAUGCUAAACGAUAGAACCCGUGCUCUUACUAAAGAUACGGCUGGUGAAGUUGUCUUAUGGGAUCUCAUAAGAUGCGUUGCGAUACAGUCGUUUGGCAAGGGUCAUUUAGAUGAUAUUGCUGCGAAAUUAAACACCACUAGGACUAUCGCUAAUUGGUGCACGUUGCAUAUCCGAACAGGAACACUCUCCGUUAUUUUAGAACCUCAUAGGUGCUUCGACGGCGAGAUGUAUGCUGAUGAGUCUGAUCUGCCAGACUUAAGCCAGUUCAGGGAAGAUCAGAGAAUUAAUCUGGGGAAGUGGGUCCUUUGUUAUCUGUUUGCCGGUCUCGUUGAUGAAGAGAUACGGAGGGACGCUGAGUAUCGGACGUCUCUCGAAGCAAAAAUGCAGGACUCAAAGAGUACUUCCGGACCGGAAGCUCCCAACUUUAUAGACAUCCCGCCUAUUACGAUCCAAAAUCCGGAAUCAGAAAAUUCGCCUCGGUCGCCCGCAAUGGCGGCUCAGUCUCUGGGUGAGCUACGCUCGACAAGUAUGUCUCCAGGGAUGUCAAUUGGUGUUGCAACACCGGCACCGCUUUCCACAUCCACACCAGAAAACCCCUUCUCGAGCCUUGCGGAUUCAUCGGGCGAUGACCAUAAUGGAAAAAGAAUUGAUCGUCCUGGAGCGGAUGGCUAUUUCGUUUCCAAACUCAGUACCUCAUCCGUGGAUUCCUCAGCGUCGAACGCGAAAACCCCAGCGGCUGGAGAAACUACGUUGCCUGGCCCCUCCCCAACCUCUCCAGUUGGACCAGAAAAAGAAGAGAAAGCUAAGCGCAGUGGCUCUCUGUUUGGCAAGAAAUUCCAGAUGUCUUUUCCUAAAAAGCUAGGCCGGACGUCUACGGAAGCAAAGCCCGUCGUGGAAGAGAAAACGGAGGAAUCUGACGGCUCUUCAGAAAAGGAAAAGGAAAAGGUGCCUGAUCUAACGUUUCGCGGUGUUAUCGACGAGAUGAGAGCUUCGUACGAGACGGCUUUGGCAGCAGAGCCCGAACAAAAGCUCCAGUCAAAGAUCACACCGAUCCCUGAAAAUGAAACGCCAGUAAUAUCCAUUCCACCAAAUACACCUAUUAUCAUUCAAGAGGAUGGCCCGGGCAUUCCAGUUGCCCCUGAUAUCUAUAGAGGAACUGUAACGACUAUCAGCCGAGAUACUGACGAGCUAGAGAAAGUCGCACCGGCGUGGCUUGGGCGUCUUCUCUUGGAGAAUCGAAUGGAGGGAGAUACUGUAAAAAUUACAUUCUCCGUCAAACCCUACAAAAACCUCUUGCCUGAGGCCAUCGAUCCGAGUUCAACCAACUCUCGAUUAAGCGCCAAUCGAAUGCUUCGUGCCAAAAAGAUCCUUGCAUAUGUCGCAGAACGUAUUGAUCCACAGUACUCCGCGGAUAACUCAGAUGAAAACUACAUGAAGCCGGAAGAUUAUUUGGAAUUGUACUGCCAAAACACAUUAAUACCUCCCGACAUGACUCUGUUGACAAUGCGCACCCAUGUCUGGCGUACAGGCAAUGAUAUGGUCCUUUACUACAAAGCAAAUGGCAAACGCAUAAUCCCAUUCCAUCAGAAGGACGACUCGCAGACCUGUGCUACCAAUGGUAGCACCGCUGUCGCCGCUGCAGGAGAAGAUAACGAUGGCCAAAAACAACCGCAGCAAGAAAACGGCAAAUCUACAGAAUCUACAGGCAUGUUACCAGCAGCAAACAGCAAUUCCGGAGCCAAGAAAGAUGGGACGGCUGGGAUAAGCACUGGAGGUUCGACGCCCGCGUCUCAUUCACGAACUGGGUCUUCAACUGAACUUCUAGCAUGAGGGUAUCAGAGCAAUCGCUGAUGCAUAUCUGCUAAUCAUUUAAUUCACCAUUAUAUUCUCCCUAACCCCCCUCCGGGGAUUUUCUACCAAGGCGCGCAUUUAAACUAAUUGGAUUGUAUGAUUGCCCCGGCAAUUGAGUUGUACAACGUGUUCAUUGAUUUCGUGUCUAUAUCUUCGUGUCAUUCAUAUACAUAAUUUACGGAAUCGGGAACUAAUCGCUCAUCGAAAAGUUCCUAUUUAUGGAUAUGGAUGUAUGUACAACAAGCUUCUUUUUAAGAACAAUCCAGAAAUUUUUUAAAAAAAAAGAAAAAAA